CCCGAAAGACAUACAACAACCUAGUGGUGACUGUUGCAUGGUUUACCAUUGCCAAUGCUUCUGUCGAGAGGUAGGAUGCCAAUUUCCUUGCCUGGCGAAGAUGAAAAGAGGCCUGCUUACUUAUGGCAGUGAUCUGGGCCUCCAUCGUCAGCGAUGAGUCCACACAACCCCAAGGCUUCUAACAGUAGCAGACGGAACCAGAACUUCCCCAUCGAAAUCAGGCAGUGACUGGGUUAACUUUGGUGGCUGGCCAGGCCAGAGUAUCUCAGUUUUCGUGGGAUUCACUUUUAGUCUACUUGAUCGCAGCCAACUCAUCACUGCUUCCAAACACAGCUUAAAGUUCUCAGGAAUCGUGGUUGUCCCAGGUUCGAGACGCAAGAGUAGCUGGGUAUCAUCUGCAUACUAGUAGCACUCUAUGCCAAAGCUCCGCACUAGUCCAGCAAGUGGUCGGACGUAGAUGUUAAAUAACAGGGGCGAAAGGAUAGCACCCUGGGGAACUCCACAGCAAAGGCAGGAGCUCUCAGAGCUUUGGCCUGACAACUCCACCCUCUGUCUCCGGUCCCAGAGAAACAAAUUGAACCAUUGAAGAGCUAAACCUCGUACUCCAGCCAUAGGAGGGCAAGUAGGCAAGGUUCUGUUGCCUCAUUUCCAACAGAACUCUGAACAAACUUCUGAGGAUUCCAACCACAGAGGCAGAAAAAAUGCAUGUCAGGAGACAAUGCUACUGUAACAUGGCCAUACAGCCCUUAAAACAAGAUCAAUACUAUUUGAGUGGGCUAUUGCCAUUAGAUGAUAAUGAUCCGAACUGUGUAAAGUUACAAGAAAUGAAAAGAUCUCUCUCUGCUCUUAUCUUCCAUAUUUUGGCAUUUUCAGUCUUUGCAACCUAAGGUUCUUCAAAAACAAACUUGUCCGCUUCAACUGCUGCUGCGGUUCUACGUGGGGGCCUCCCAAAUGUCACCGUGGUUCCUGUGUGAAACUUUAUUUAUGUAAUUCACCCCAACCAUCUACAAUGGUCAGUUCUAGCAGCCGAACUUGAUUUGAUUUUUUGUGGUUCCCUUUUGCAGCUCUAAAAGCAUUUGGGGACUAAAGUCUAGGGCCCCAGCAUAGUCCUAUACCUUAAACAGGUAUGCUGUCUAAUAACACUGAGAGUACCAUUAGUCAGUGUAUGGGAUUCUGGGAUGUUUUGGUUUCCAACUCCCAGAAGCCUCCUCUUCCUUGGCCAAGGAUUAUGGAUUGUGGGAUUAAAGUCCAAACAUCCAGGGGACCUUGGUUUGGGAACUGCUGCUUUUAAGUUAUUCAAACCCUCUCCUGUUCCUGGGGAAAUGCCUUGAAAGCAGCAUCUCCCCAUGUCUUUCAGAGGGAGGUUUUGCUCUGUGGCUUCCAAAGAGUUAAAGCAAAGGAGUGGAUUCCUAGGGGGGAAGUCAAUGGCCAAUGAUAAGCCUCCUGCACGCGAGGUCCCUCCUCUUCUGGCCAUGUGGGAAUCUUCCUGGAGGAGGAGGAGUGAGUGGGUGAGCCUUGCAAGGCUUGUGGAGGAGGAGAGAGUGUGCCUUCCCAAGAGGGAGAUGGCUCUUCUGCCCAGGCUGGAGCCUGGCUGCAAGGACACAGGGCAGGUGGGAAAGCAAGAAGCCUUAGAUCUUGAGCCAAGCAAGGACCCUCCUGCCUUUCCUGCUGGGAAUGGAGGGCAGUUCUGGGAAGGAGGCCUUGUGGGGAAGGGGCUGCGGGGAGACAGCCCACCUUCAGAGGCAGCGCCAAGCCAGAGCUUCAGGCAGUUCAACUACAAGGAGACUUUGGGGCCCCGAGAGGUUUGCAGCCGCCUCCACUCUCUCUGCCGCCUGUGGCUGAAGCCAGAGAAGCACUCCAAGGCGGAGAUGCUGGACCUGGUGCUCCUGGAGCAGUUCCUGGCCGUCCUUCCUGCAGAGAUGGAGCGCUGGGUGAGGGAAUGUGGGGCAGAGACCAGUUCCCAGGCCGUGGCUUUGGCUGAAGGAUUCCUCCUGAGUCGGGGAGAAGAGCAGACGGAGAGGGAGCAACAGGCACAGGACUUGUGUGCAGAAGUGGCCACCGCAUUAGAAAGGCCCCUCUCCACCGGCAGCCGGAUGCUGGAUUGUGCAGGACAAAGAGAACUACCCAGAUCCACAAGAGGUGAAUCAGAACCAACACAUACUCGCUUGCCUCUUCCUUUUGAUGAACGCAGCACACAUUCUAUGACACCAGAUCAGGUGACCUUCCAAGAGGUGGCUGUGUUUUUCAGUGAUGAGGAGUGGGCCCUGCUGGAUCUGGACCAAAAGGCCUUGCAUCAACAAGUCAUGAAGGAAAAUGUGGAGACUGUGUCCUCUUUAAAAACUCACAGAGAAGGGGAAUCAUCUCAAUACUGGGACUGUGGAGAGAAGAAGGACCUGGGACUCUCUGGUCAGCAAGCAACAUACGCUAAGAGGAAGCCAUUUAAGUGCUUGGAGUGCGGAAAAUGUUUCCGUGAUAAGAAAAGCACUGCUCGUCAUCAAGCAACUCAUACCAGAGAUAAAAAGUUCAAAUGCUUGGUGUGUGGAAAGGGCUUCAUUUACAAGAUAAGCCUCACCUAUCAUCAAGCUACACAUACUGGGGAGAAGCCAUUUAAAUGUUUGGAGUGCGGAAAGGGCUUCAUUCACAAGAUAAGCCUGACUCGUCAUUUAGCAAUUCAUACUGGGGAGAAGCCAUUUAAAUGCUUCGAGUGUGGAAAGGGCUUCAAUAAGAAGACAAAUCUCAUCUAUCAUCAAGCUACCCAUACUGGGGAGAAGCCAUUUAAAUGCUUGGAGUGUGGAAAGUGUUUCACUCAGAAGAUAAGCCUCACCUAUCAUCAAGCUACUCAUACUGGGGAGAAGCCAUUUAAAUGCUUGGAGUGUGGAAAGGGCUUCAUUCAGAAGAUGCAUCUGACUUAUCAUCAAGCAAUUCAUUCUGGGGAGAGACCAUUUAAAUGUUUGGAGUGUGGAAAGUCUUUUAUUUUGAAGACACAUCUCACUUCUCAUCAAACAAUUCACUUGCGGGAGAAACCCUUUAAAUGCGUGGAGUGCGGAAAGGGCUUCAUUCACAAGAUAAGCCUGACUUGUCAUUUAGCAAUUCAUACUGGGGAGAAGCCAUUUAAAUGCUUGGAGUGUGGAAAGGGCUUCAUUCACAAGAUGAGCCUGACUCGUCAUUUAGCAAUUCAUACUGGGGAGAAGCCAUUUAAAUGCUUGGAGUGUGGAAAGGGCUUCACUCAAAAGACAAAUCUCACCUAUCAUCAAGCUACUCAUACUGGGGAGAAGCCAUUUAAAUGCUUGGAGUGUGGGAAGGGCUUCACUCACAAGAUGUAUCUGACUUACCAUCAAGCUAUUCAUUCUGGGGAGAGACCAUUUAAAUGUUUGGAGUGUGGAAAGUCUUUUAUUCUGAAGGGACAUCUCACUUCUCAUCAAACAAUUCACUUGCGGGAGAAACCCUUUAAAUGUGUGGAGUGCGGAAAGGGUUUCACUCAGAAGACAAGCCUCACUUGUCACCAAACAAUUCACUUGCAGGAGAAACCCUUUAAAUGCUUGGAGUGUGGAAAGUGUUUCACUCAGAAGAAAAGCCUCACCUAUCAUCAAGCUACCCAUACUCGGGAGAAGGCAUUUGAAUGCUUGGAGUGUGGAAAGAGCUUCGUUCAGAAGAUGCAUCUGACUUACCAUCAAGCAAUUCAUUCUGGAGAGAGACCAUUUAAAUGUUUGGAGUGUGGAAAGGGCUUCAUUCACAAGAUGCAUCUGGCUAACCAUCAAGCAAUUCAUUCUGGGGAAAGACCAUUUAAAUGCUUGGAGUGUGGAAAGUCUUUUAUUCUGAAGGGACAUCUCACAUCUCAUCAAACAAUUCACUCGCGGGAGAAACCCUUUAAAUGCGUGGAGUGCGGAAAGGGUUUUAGUAAGAAGACAGGUCUCACCAAUCAUGAAGCUACUCAUGCUAAGGAAAAGCUAUUUAAAUGUUUGGAUUGUGGGAAGGGCUUCACACGGAAGGCAAGCCUCACACGACAUCAAAGAAUCCACACUGGGGAAAAAACCUUUAAAUGAUUAGAGUGCGAAAGCUCUUUUACAAAGAAAAGAUGUCUAGUUGCUCAUCAAGCAACAAACUCUGGGGAAAAACAAUUCAAAUGCUUGGACUGUGAGGAGGGCUUCGCACGGAAAGCAAAGCUCACACAACAUCAAAGAAUCCACACUGAGGAAAAACCAUUUCACUGUUUGGAGUGUGGAAGAAGUUUCAAACUGAAGCGAACCUUCUAUCUUCAUCUAGCAACACACUCGGGGGGAAGAACCCUUUAAAUGCCCGGAGUGCAGAAAGAGCUUUCGCCAGAAGAAACACCGCCCUUAUUGCCCCUUAUCCAAACCACAAGGAGACUGAGCUUCUGUACUAGAGAGAGAUGACUUUAAAAUAGUAUUUCUUUGUUUUUGCUGUUUCAGAAAUAACUGACAUUUUAAAAAAUCUUUCUUUCUGAACAAACUGGCUUCUUUUGGUGAAAUAUCCAAAAAAGAUCCAACCAGAGGAAAAGUGUUCAUACAUCAAGGGAACCAUUGAUCGCAUAGGAAAGCUGAUGAAGAAACACAAUACAGUGUUUCUUCGCGGUUCACUGCGGAUUCACUGUUUCGCAGUUUUUCAAUAAACUCUAAAAAAAACUACUAUAAAUCAUAAAUAAUAAUAAUAAUAAUAAUAAUAAUAAUAAUAAUAACUUUAUUCUUAUACCCCGCCCCAUCUCCCCAAAGGGACUCGGGGUGGCUUACAUGGGGCCUUGCCCAGACACAACAAUAUAGAAGCAGAAGCAAAACAAUAAAACAAAUUACUCAACAAUAAAACAUCAGCAUCAAUAAAAACAGUCAUAAAAGGUCAACAUACAAAAUAAAGUGUUAAAACAGGAAAUGAAUGCACGGAUCUGGGCCAAAGUGCAAAAUAUGUCAGAGUCAGGGAGAGGUAGUUACACAGCUGACAUAGUCAAUGAAGUGCUAAGUAUAAUACUGAGAAGGCAUACCAGUGGGUCUAUUGUUAAGUAGGCAGACAUCGAACCUACAAGGAUCAAUUGUCAAAGGCCUUUUGGAAAAAUUACAAUUUACAACCUAAGGAAGGGAGGAAGUAGAAGCCAAAGGGAGAGAAAAGGAGCCCAAGCGGCAAUGGGAGGAGAAGGAGGCAAUUUAUCAACACACAAUUGGUUGAUAAAAACUUAAAAUAAUGUAUAAAUAUUAAAAUAAAUAUAGCGUGUCUACUACGCAGAUUUUCACUUAUUGCAGGUGGUCCUGGAACCUAACCGCAGUGAUAAGUGAGGGAACACUGUAUAACAUCAACAGAUCCACGAAGAAAUUCCAACAAAUGCUACCUUCAGCAAAGGAAAAGAGGCAUCUUCUCACCUCUGCAGAAGUCUACCGUAUACCUUGUAGCUGUGGACAAGUCCCAGGUAGCCACAGUAAGAAGAGAUCAUGGAACAACAGACUGGUACAAGAUUGGGAAAGGAGUACAGCAGGGCUGCAUACUUUCACCCUACCUAUUCAACUUGUACGCAGAACACAUCAUGCGGCAUACGGGGCUUGACGAAUCCAAGGCCAGAGUUAAAAUUACUUGAAGAAACAUUAACAACCUUAGGUAUGCAGAUGAUACCACUCUGAUGGCCGAAAGUGAGGAGGAGCUGAGGAGCCUUAUCACCAAAGUGAAAGACGAAAGUGCAAAGGCUGGGUUGCAGUUAAACAUCAAGAAAACCAAGAUCAUGGCAACUACACCUAUUAAUAACUGGCAAAUAGAAGGAGAAAAUGUGGAUGCAGUGACAGAAUUUAUAUUUCUAACUGCGAAGAUCACUGCAGAUGCAGACUGCAGCCAGGAAGUCAGAAGACGUCUACUUCUAGGGAGGAGAGCAAUGGCCAACAGUGAUAAAAUAGUGAAGAGCAGAGACAUCACACUGACAACAAAGGUCCGGAUAGUGAAAAAAUGGUAUUCCCCAUAGUAACCUAUGAUUGCGAGAGCUGGACCAUAAGGAAGGCUGAGCGAAGGAAGAGAGAUGCUUUUGAACUUUGGUGCUGGAGGAAAAUCCUGAGAGUGCCUUGGACCACAAGAAGAACCAACCAGUCCAUCCUCCAGGAAAUAAUGCCCGACUGCUCACUGGAGGGAAGGAUACUAGAGGCAAAGAUGAAGUAUUUUGGCCACAUCAUGAGAAGAGAGGAAAGUUUGGAAAAGAUCACGAUGCUGGGGAAAAUGGAAGGAAAAAUGAAGAGAGGCCGACCAAGGGCAAGAUGGAUGGAUGGUGUAGUGAAUCUUACCUGUUAGGCUGGAAAGGGAGCCUGGAUAACAGUAGGGCAGGUCUCCAUUUUGGGAGGGAAUGCCAGAGAGGCAGACAUCUUAAGUGAGGCUGGUUGAAAAGGGGAGGAGAUUGGAGACUCCUAGGAUUUGACAGAGGAUGUUGGGAGGAGCCGUCUUAGGAGGGAAAAGAAGGAAGGGAGCUUCAGUUGGAGUUUGCGUGAGUUGGAGUUGAGAGUCGGAGUUGGAGAGUUAUUGGGAGAGAGAGGGAGUUUGGAAGUGUAGGGUAGAGAGUUGCUUGCUGUGAGCUGACAGCAAUUUGAUUUCUUGUGGGAAUUGGCACAAGGGAUUGACUCUUGGCUGGGCUAGUUAACAGGAAGAACUCUAGGAUAGAGUUAGUUAAUAAUCCAGGGGACUACCUAGUUAGAUUAGUCAAACUUGUUACUAUUUUUAGAGAUAGAGCGAGGGUUGUGUUAACCAAUAGUUAGAUUGGUCUGGUUAAAUCUGUCUGUAACUAAGUGAACUGAGCAAACAACCAAGUCAAGCCAAAGAACUUUUGUAACAAGUCACGCUUUCGUACCUCUCAGAAGUAGUUAGCUAUCUGUUUUAAAGAAAAUAAAUCUUGUUCUAUUUAACUUUCAAAA